AUGGAGAUCCAAUCUAUGCCUGACGAUAUACUAUGCGACGUAUUCAUGGCUUUAAAGGAUGCGUACCCUCCGCAUAAUGCCGCGCAACGCGUUGGCUGGCUGGUGGUCACCUUCAUCGAUCGGCGAUGGCGCUCCCUAGCGCUUACGUACGCCAAUCUUUGGACAGAUCUGCCAGUCGAUCUUGGCCCAGAGUGGUUGCGACUGUUCGUAUCGCGAAGCAGGGAUGCUUCGUUGGCAUAUGAUGAUGUAGGAAUGGUGAGCAGCGACAAAGCACUGCUCGCACGCGAGGAAGCUUGCACUUCGAUACUACCGGCGCACAUGCAUCGCUUGUACAAGAUACGGAUGUAUAACCCCCCGCAACACCGUUUGCAAGUGGCGUUAUCACGCCCUGCACCCGUGCUCGAAGACUUGACUCUGUUUGGAUACAUACAUGUGGAUGCGCAGCUCUUUCUUGGACAGGCUCCUCGCCUGCGGUCCUUGGCCUUGGUAUUCUACCCCACCCAAACAACGUUAAUUUCGGCGUUCGAUGCGCAGCCUACUGUUCUGCAAGGGCUCACGUCGCUCACGCUCGAACUACUGCAUGACCAGGUCUUGUCAGUUCACCGUAUUACGGAAAUUCUGCUUCGUACGCCGAAGCUCGAAAAGCUCAGCUUGGCGAUUUCAAGCGGUCCGUCGUUCACCCUCAUAUCCGACAUAACAUGCCAUUCUUCUACGAAUCUGGCCGAGCUGGACAGCCUCAAAACAUGCACGCUCGGCGGACGCGUCGAUAUCAUGGCCCAUGUGUUUUCGCACUUGAGAUUUCCGCCAUCCGUCACGAUGGCUAUGACCUGCAACUGUAGCGCGCUAAGACCGCAACCGGGUCCACGUAUACUCCUCCAGUUGGCGGAGGCCCUCACCCGGUGGCGUGCUGGAUACGGGAAGCAUCCUAGCGCACCAUUCGUAGUAGCACACCUACAGGGUGGCACUGAGAGGAGUACCACCUUGAAGUUCGCAUCUGGACGUGUCGUCGAAGCACCAUACCCCUGCUCAUUACCGUCAGACAAUGUCUUCACCUUGGUUAUCAAGGGUCAAGGAUCAUCAAGCACCGCUUCAUUGGAGGACCCGGGAGCGACUAUCUACUCCGACAUACUCCCUACCGUCUUCAGUCACGGGGAGGCGCUGCGCUUUCCAAAUAGUCUUCGUCACUAUUUCGGGCGUACGUUGCCGAACUUGCGAGAGAUAUGCUAUCCACCCUACUGUGACCAAUCCAAACUCGUUCCGAGCUUAGAGCUCCUACCCUCUCUGCGAGUCAUGCACUUGAUCGGUCCUACGGCAAUCGGCGAAAGGGACGAUAGCUAUGAGGACCGCCAUGAUCCCAACUCUGAGGCUUCAACUCGGAGAUGGGAUCGACUACGUUCAGUCCUGCGCGCGAGGCGCGAAGCAGGCAUGCCUUUGGAACGCAUCGUUAUCCAUGAAGAUAUCAGUGCCCCUGUAAGACGGCGGGAUAGCGAUCGAUAUGAUACUGUGAAGAAGUUCAUGGAGGGCGUCGUUGACAUUGUCGUGUACCGGACCACGGAGCCAUUUUGGGAGGAAGGCCGUACUCAGCUACCAUCCGGCAUCCGGGAUCGCUCAUCAAGAGCGACGCUCAUUUCAAUGUACAGGGACGAUGAUUUCUGA